UGACCCUGUUCUCAAUGACAGUCAAGCAGAAUGAGAAAAAGUAUAAGGACCAAAACGGCAGCCAUAUUAAAAGGUUUUGCUCGAUCGCGGGAUCGAACCGAGGAUCCCGUGGGUUGUAGCCUUAACCACUGGACCAAUCGAGCACAACCAAGGGAAAUCGAUGUUACUGCCGCCUGCCCGACCAUAGCACUCAGUCCAGUAUGAGUAGCCCAUAUCAAACCAGGGUAGUCCCUGCCUGCUUGAGAUGACUUGGUGGAUCCUGCUAAACUCUUCCGAUCCCACGGUUCCUUCCAAACUGGGGAUCUUCAAGAGGCGGUGCUCAUCAUGACUUCGCUCCGCCUCUGUUCGCGGAAUAAAUACCCUGGCCCUCUUCUCUCCCUGAAGCUUCUUCUUCCUUCUUAAUAACAGAUAGAUUCUCCUCUAUUCCUAUACCAUCAUGUAUCCCCAUCAGAACCGCCCUCCGUAUCCUCAAUUCACUGGCCCGCCGCAGGGCUACGGUCAACAACAGAACCCAUCACCAUUUCCUCCUCAAAACCAGCACCACAUGGCUUCUCCGCCUUAUCCGAACCAGCCUGGCUACCCUCCCUACGGCGCUCCACAUCCUAAUCAGCCUCCAUAUCCUCAUACUCCACAAGGUGCUCCUCCAGGUCGACCAGAGAUGUACCACGGGGGUCCACAAGGAUAUUCGCAAGGCUUGCCUCCUCCACAGGGCGCUCCUCAUGGGCCUCCACUAGGCAUGCCUCAUGGAUCGUUCGGUGCGGCACCUCCCUUGCCGCCACACCCUCAAUCUUAUCCCCCGCUUGCGUCCGUGCCAUCAUUGGGCUACGUUCGAGGUCAGCAAGCAAACGGGGACUUCCGACCCCAAGCCGAUCAGCUCCGUCGCGCAAUGAAAGGCUUCGGGACAGACGAGAAGACCCUGAUUCAGGUCCUCGCCAAGCUAGACCCUCUCCAAAUGGCCGCCGUACGAUCCACCUACACACACCACGUCCGUCGAGAUCUCUACAAGGAUGUCAAAGGCGAGACAAGCGGCUACUUUCGUCGGGGUCUCCUCGCUAUCAUUGAUGGCCCGUUGCAGUACGAUGUGGCCUGCGCCAGGGAAGCUGUCGAAGGCAUUGGGACGAAGGAAUGGCUUCUCAACGACAUCCUUCUAUCACGGUCUAAUGCUGAUAUGAACGCCAUAAAGGCCGCUUAUCACCAGACAUACCACCGCGCUCUCGAAAAGGACGUUGAAGGUGACUUGUCAUUCAAAACCCGGAACUUGUUUACCCUGGUACUUCGCGCCACUCGACACGAGGAAUCCGCCCCAUUAGACCCGCAACUCAUCGAAGCCGAAGCCAAGUCCCUUCACCAAGCAACGGCGGCGCGCAUGGUCAACAACGUUGAUGAAGUAUGUGGUAUCAUAGCCAGGGCCUCGGAUAACGAGCUCCGUGCCCUCAAUCAUGCAUUCUAUACCCGUUACAACAUUCAGUUGACCAAGCAUAUCGAGAAAGAGUUUUCCGGGCACAUGAAGGAUGCACUGCUGCAUAUGCUCGGGGCUGCAUUGGAUCCGGCCAUGCACGACGCUGAGCAGCUCGAAGACUGCAUGAAGGGAAUGGGAACCAAGGACGAGAAAUUGGUGACAAGAGUGGUCCGCCUGCACUGGGCACCUGGGCAUCUGGACCAGGUGAAACGGGCAUAUCGCCAUCGGUUCCAGAAAGACCUUAUCGAGCGGGUCAGGGGGGAGACCAGCGGUGAUUACCAGCGAUUGAUGGUUGCUUUAUUGCAGUAGCCGUACUUGCUAUCGCUUUCUUAAUGCUUACUCGACGAAAACAGCCAUGACUUACGACUGGGCAGGGUAUGGUAUGGUGCGGCUGGGUCUGUUUCUGCAUUAUCCUUAUGGGCGAUGAUAGACUGGGCUGGAUGGCUAUUUUUCAUUGCCUUUAUUUAGUUGACUGAAGAAUUGCGAUGAUUAUCAUCAACGCGGGUUAAUCCUAUCUAGCUAGUUCUUUCGAUCAAUGAGACCAUCAAGAUUGUUUCCAAUCUGUGAAUCUACCCUAUCA